AUGGACCGCCAGUAUUUCGACGAUCCCUAUGCCUUCAAACCGCAAAGAUUUUUGCCAUCAAAUAUAGCACACCAUCCCUACGCGCACCUACCCUUCGGGGCCGGUCCUCGCAAUUGUGUGGCUAAACGACUGGCCCUAAUGGAGGCAAAGUUGGCUCUACUAUACUCUGUCUAUAACUUUAAGUUUGAAAUCUGCGGUAAAACUGCUGAACCACCGGAAAGGUAUUAUAAUUUAGGAGUAAUCGUACCGAAAGAGGUGUUGUUGAGGGUUGUGAAGAGAGUUCAUUGAAAUGGACACCACUUUGGACUCAAUUUAUU